AUGUUUCUCCAUCCGGAACUUCCUUUAGAGAUUAGAUCACGAGGACGCUUGGCUGUGGAAGCUUACAACAAGGCCCUCACUGAAGGGAAGGCAUAUGUCAAGAGGGUUCCAAUAAUGUUGAUUGGACAAGAUCACUCUGGAAAAACCAGACUAAAAAAGUCACUCAUAGGAAAACCUUUCAAUCCCAAUGAAGACAGCACCGUAGGGAUAGAUGUUGACCCCUCAUAUAUCAAAGUUUCAACUGAGAUUUGGAAGGUGGGGGAUAACACAGAGGGUUCUGAGUUGACAGGUGCUAUAGAAGCCACUUCCUUUGAGCAACAAGCGGCUCGUUUGGUUGCUGACGAUUUAAAGGAAGAACAGAGCGGUUUUGUAGUGGAAAAAAUAACGAUGGAAGAAUCUAGAUCUUCAAAUGUGUCCGUCUCUAAUGACCCAAAUCAGUUGCCUUCUGAAGAGUUGGGUGUUCCAGAAGUCACUCCUAAAAUCUUCUCUGAUUCCUCUCUGAAAAAGGAAGUACGUCUCCCUAUCGAGUCGCCCAGGAUACCAGAUGAGGUCGCAGCAUUGAUUAAAAAGUUGCUGAAAGAGGAUGAAAACGCACAAGAUGAUGACGAAAUUUAUACCAUUUUAUGGGAUUUUGGUGGACAAAUUGUCUACUAUACCACGCAUCCACUUUUUAUCACUGCAAGAGCAAUGUACCUUUUGGUUUAUGACCUUAGCCGGCGCGGGAUCCAUACGAAAUAGCUAAGCCAGUUGUGAAGCAGGGGCUGUACAAGAAAAUUUUAGACAGUUAUGGCACGAAAAUCAAUCGGGACUAUCUCAAUUUUUGGAUGACAUCCGUGGCUUCCCUAGCCACUGAAACGGAAGAGCAGUAUGUAAGGUUGGACCGUAUUCAAGUGAAGGUUCCUCUGGUGUUCCUAGUCUGCACUCACGCUGAUGAACCCAACAGAGGAACAGAUCCGUUCGCGCUCGCCCGUGAGGUAUUUGGCAGUCUACAGACCAAACGCUUCAGGAACCACCUAUAUGAGGAUGUGUUUGUGGUGGACAACACCAAGUCUGCAGGACUUGGAGCUGAAUGCUCAGAAGUUACACGAUUGCGGGAAGAAUUGCUUGCCGUUGCUAAGGAGCUACCUCUGACGAAAGAAGCCAUCCCAAUCAAGUGGUUGAAAUAUGAGAGGGCUCUUCAAGGCACUAUACGAGAUGGUCAUAAAUGGAUUUCUCUCUCAGUGGCAAAAGAAAUUGCAUCUGAAGUGUGCAAAAUUGAUGAUGAUGAAGAAUUUCUCACAUUGUUGAACUUUCUACAUGACCAGAGGAUUUUGGUUCACUUUGACGACACCCCAGCGUUGAGUAAUUUUGUCGUCUUGGACCCUCAGUGGUUAGUUGAUGUCUCCAAAGCGGUGAUAACAGUUAAGUCGUAUGACCAAGAAGAAAGUAAAUUUAAAGAACCGUGGUUGCAACUGGAGUCAACAGGCAUUCUUGACGAAAAACUUUUGAAGCACGUGUGGGGUCCUUUAUUAAGCCAGGAAGAAACCUCCGCUAGUCUUCUUGCUAUCAUGGAAAAGUUCAGCCUGCUCUGUCCAUGGCCUUGUUCGAAUGCUUCAAGUGGAAAACAGUACCUUGUGCCAUCCAUGUUGAUGUCACAUCCACCAAAGGAGAUCAUGAAGCUGGUUGCUUCUGCACAAAUUCCUUCUCUCUUCCUCAGGUUUCAAUCGGGUCAGGUUCCUCCAGGAUUCUUUCCCCGACUAGUGUUACAAUUUUUUCAGUGGGGCCAAGACGAGUUUUGGAGUGCAGAGAAUCCCCAGUUGUAUGCUGAUUUUGCGCGAUUUUAUACGUCUGCGGAUGACGACUGCUCUGUAAUCCUUCUAUGUCAUUCAUCGUGUAUUGAAGUUGUGGUUCACAGAGGAAAUCUCAGUGCUAACCCAGCAGAAUGUUUGCAAUCCAAGUUGAACCUUUCUGCAGAUAUCAACUAUGGUGCAUUUGAAGUGGCCUGUGCUCGUGCCGUGCGCCGACAACUGGGAUUGAUGCUUGAGUGCAUGCGAAAAGAAUUCUGUUGGUUGAAGAAUAUGAUGUACGAACUUGGUGUAAUCUGCCCCGUCUGUUGCCAAGAAUGUAAGGUUAAUUACUGCUGCACCCACCACAAGCAGUGUUGCGAGCAAGAGGAAUGUCUGCACUUCUGGUCUGAGUCUGAUUUACGUAGUGCCAAUCAGUUCAUCAGAUGUCGUAAGUGUGCAGCCGCCCAAAGUGACAAAGUGUAG